AUGGUCUCUGGAAAAUUAAUCAAAUCCCUGGUUUAUGAGAUUCUAGAAGUGGCUGCUUUUUCUAUCCCAACUCUUGUGAUGGCAGAACAGUUUGCCUCAGUCUUCCAACGGACAGAGAACUCCGCAGAGAAGACAUUUUAUUGGCUGGUUGUGGUUGUUUCCAUUGUUUAUGUAGCAUUGGUGACCUUGAUAGUUUGGAUUCCUGUAAAAAUUCUGUUAUACAAAAAGCAUCAUCUGUGCUCCAACAUAAAACAAUGGAGACCUCCUUUGAUGAUGUGUGUAGUACUCACAACACUUCCAUGCUUUGGAUUUUCUAUAGCAGUCACAGAGGUCCAAAAGAAUGCCUCCAAUAUAUCUGCACUACCUGACACCUUACCCGACUUACCAGUAUCAGUGGUUCUGGCUUCCCUAAUUAUUGUGGAUAUAAUUGAAAAAUUGCGGAAAUAUCCUCUCAGAGGAAAACCAAUAAAAAAUGAAGAUUCAAGUAUCCAUAAAACUAAUUUGCAGCAAGUGAAAACCGUGACUGAGCAGGAGAAGCCAAGUGAGGAAAACCACACAGUCCCCCAACCAGCAAACAGGUCUUCCUUUGGCUCUGGAACCUUGAGAGCCAUGUCCCAGCAAGACAAGCGUGCAGAGAUUUUUCUGAGUAGUUUCAUCACGUGGUCUGACACCAUUGAGAUGCUGCGAGUAUCUGGGCACUCUGUGGUGUUUAAGUCAGGGUGGUUAUAUCCUGUUUACAUAUUUACCUAUAUCUCUCUUCUUCGAAUCAUAGUCGCACCACAAAAUAGUCUCGUGGGAUCCUUAGGUGUCUUUUUACAGGAUUUCCCUUUUAUGGUUGUUCGAAUUAGUUUGAUUGCUGAUUUGGGGACAAUCACUCCCAUCAUAGGUCUUUUAAAAAACAUUCUAGUGACCCUUUCUUAUUUUUACUUCAACUACUUAACUGCGUUCACCACCAAUGAAACAACUUCCUUUUAG